GGGCUAUAGGUGUAUAGAUAAGGGAUACAUACACCAUCCUGGCUUUCACAGAAAUGAUGUCUCUUGAUAUAUCUGACAGUGCUCAAAUCUAUGCUGCUUUUGUGGUAUACCUGGACCUCUUAGAAGGGAGAAACUGGCCUGAAGUGAAGCACGUUGGAGUAGCAGAACUGCAACUUGUGUGUUUACAUGCGCGUGCAAAAGAACAGGACAGCCUCCAAGUGAUGGUGCCAGUGCCUGCGCACAUGUCGUUAAGCCACGAGAGGAUAAGAGAAAUCAUGAUGAAAGCAGCUCUCCCACAAGAGGAUCCCGACACCCCGCUGUCAGUUACCUUGGCCAUAGUUGAGUCAGACUCCACAGUGGUCUAUUAUAAAGUGACUGAUGGCUUUGUGUUACCAGAUCCUCCUGACAGUACUGAAGAUGGGGACAAUAAACAGUGGAGAAAGAAAAGAAAGAAGCCUUUCAAAUGAUGCACAGCCUUUUCUUGAACUGCUGUCCUCAAAUCCAGGAAGUUAUGUAUGCAGAUGAGCAGGGUGCUGAAGUCUGUCUUCUGCAGGUGGAGCAUCGGCACGGGGAGAGCGGAGCCUUGUGCGGCUGCACUGCAGGGAAAUGCCAUCACAGGGAGGAAAUGGGUCCCUCUUUGGGACAGAUUGCUCCUGACUAAUAAAUAGACCUGAGAUGUUCCCAAA